ACAUGGUUGAAGGUGGUGUCGCAAAAGCAGACAAGACGGAGUUUACCGAGUGCUGGAGGACGACAUGGAAGACUCCUUACAUUAUGAAGCUUGCAUUGUCGGCUGGGAUUGGAGGGCUUCUAUUUGGUUAUGACACUGGGGUGAUAUCUGGUGCUCUACUUUACAUCAAAGAGGACUUUGAGGAAGUUGAUAAGAAAACAUGGCUACAGGAAACCAUUGUGAGUAUGGCAGUCGCAGGUGCUAUAUUUGGAGCUGGAAUUGGAGGGUGGAUGAAUGACAGGUUCGGGAGAAGAGUGUCGAUUUUGGUUGCUGAUGUUCUUUUCUUCGUAGGUUCCAUAGUGAUGGCUGUGGCUAUGGCUCAAUGGAUGAUUAUCCUGGGAAGGAUUUUUGUUGGUUUUGGAGUCGGAAUGGCUUCCAUGACAGCACCUCUUUAUAUUUCGGAAGCUUCCCCUGCUAGAAUCCGAGGGGCACUUGUUAGCACCAAUGGCUUGCUAAUUACAGGUGGCCAGUUUCUGGCUUACCUAAUCAAUCUGGCCUUCACUCAUGCUCCUGGAACCUGGCGUUGGAUGCUUGGAGUAGCUGGACUCCCCGCCUUGGUUCAGUUCAUCUUGAUGCUCACACUCCCCGAGUCUCCUAGAUGGCUUUACAGACAGAACAAGGUCGAAGAGGCCAAGGCCAUACUAGAAAAACUUUAUCCUGCUGACGAAGUUUUAGAAGAAAUUAAUGCCUUGAGAAUCUCUGUAGAGGCUGAAAAAGCUGAUGAACACGCCAUUGGAGACAGUCUGAUGCAAAAGUUGAAAGGUGCAUUUGGAAAUGUGGUAGUCCGAAGGGGGCUGUAUGCUGGGGUGACAGUUCAGGUGGCUCAGCAAUUUUCAGGCAUCAACACAGUGAUGUAUUACAGCCCGAUGAUAGUUCAGUUCGCGGGGUUCGCAUCAAACAAGACGGCUAUGGCCCUUUCUCUUGUCACAUCUGGUCUUAACGCGCUAGGGUCUGUGGUGAGCAUGUUUUUUGUCGACAGAUACGGGAGGCGGAAGAUGAUGCUGAUUUCAAUGAUGGGUAUCAUUACAUGCCUUUUAGCCUUAACCGUGGUGUUCUGGCAGGCCGCCAUCCGGUCCCCGCAGCUUAACAUGUUGGAAUCCACGCAAUUCGGUGCAAAUGGAACGUGUCCAAGUUUUAAGUCGGCUGCUGAUGCACCAUCAUGGAACUGCAUGUCUUGCUUGAAAGCCGAAUGUGAUUUCUGUGCUAAUGCGGUAAAUGAAUAUGCCCCAGGAGCAUGUCUGGUAGUGACGAAAGAUAUGAAGAAUGCAUGUCAGGGGAAACAUCGUACUUGGUUCAAGGAUGGUUGCCCAAGCAAAACUGGGUUCCUGGCAGUCAUAUUGCUGGGAUUGUACAUCAUUUCCUUCUCCCCUGGGAUGGGAACCGUGCCAUGGGUUGUCAACUCCGAGAUUUAUCCACUAAAGUACAGAGGUCUAUGUGGAGGGCUGGCCGCAGUUUCCAACUGGGUCUCCAAUCUCAUAGUCAGCGAGUCUUUCUUGACCUUAACCAAGGCUCUUGGUUCCGCUGGCACCUUCCUCCUCUUUACUGGGUUUUCUGUGACUGGGAUUACUUGCAUCUACGUCUUUGUACCUGAAACUAAGGGACUGUCGUUCGAGGAGGUUGAGAAGCUGCUUGAGACUGGGUUCAAGCCCAAAGCAUUUACGAAGAAGAAGUCUAAAGAGUAA